AUGCCGCAAUUCAUCUUAUACCUUAGAUUGUCUUUUGCCUCCAUCACGGCAGUUUACAUUUCUCAAACCCUCAUCAUUGCUCUCCGGUGCAUCCCUCUGGCUGCUUUGUGGGGUGCUGUGGAAGGAAAAUGUAUGGGCUCCAAGAUUGUCUUCAUUUCGACGGGUGCUCUUACGAUUGCCUGCGACUCGUUGAUUUUUCUAUUACCAGUGAAGAUCGUUAUGUCUUUGCAGGCAAAGCUGGCUAGGAAAUUUGCAUUAUUGGGGAUUUUAUGUUUUGGCGUUUUCACAUCAAUUCUGCGAAUGAUAUCCAUGAUUGUCUCUGUCGAGCAUGAGGACGAUGCAACUUGGUAUUUUUCACCCGUCAUUGCUUGGACCGGUGCUGAGAUCAGUGCCGCUAUAAUCGCCCUUUCCCUCCCUGCCCUUCGAGCUGUAUUUGGAUUCUUGAAGGAACAUCGCUUGAAAAGAGACCAAAGUUACUCUAAUGGCCCGGGGAGUAUUGGUCUUAAUUCAGUCUCUCGAAAGAAACCACGAAUCUUUCAUGGAUCCACCCCUUACGAAAAUACAACCGAGAUUGAUUGCGCAAGAAGCCCCAGUCAGGAGGGUCUCUGGGACCGGGAAAGCGAUCAGAAGAUUCGAGUCACGGAUACUGUAGAUGUGAAAGUUCGUGGGUAG